AUGGACCACAUAGGCCACUUGGACCACAUGGACCACAUAGGCCACUUGGACCACAUGGACCACAUAGGCCACUUGGACCACAUGGACCACUUGGACCACAUGGACCACAUAGGCCACAUGGACCACUUGGACCACAUAGGCCACUUGGACCACAUGGACCACAUAGGCCACAUGGACCACAUAGGCCACUUGGACCACAUGGACCACAUAGGCCACAUGGACCACUUGGACCACAUAGGCCACUUGGACCACAUAGGCCACAUGGACCACAUAGGCCACAUGGACCACAUAGGCCACAUGGACCACUUGGACCACAUAGGCCACUUGGACUACAUAGGCCACUUGGACUACAUAGGCCACAUAGGCCACAUGGACCACAUAGGUCACUUGGACCACAUUGGCCACUUGGACCACAUGGACCACAUAGGCCACAUGGACCACAUAGGUCACUUGGACCACAUUGGCCACAUGGACCACAUAGGCCACAUGGACCACAUAGGCCACUUGACCAAAGGCCACCAGUAG